AUGCAGACCAGGAAGAAAUACAUUUUCCUGACUUUCCUUGUCACUUGGCUCCUGCUUUUCUUCUUUGGAGGAGACCAGCUGCGCCGUUUCGCUUUAUUUUCUGGGAGGAAAGCUGAAGCCCAGAGGAACUGGCCCCACUGGACGGAUCGGUCCCUCCUCAAAAGCUUUGCGGACCCCAAGGAGCUGCAGAGCGAUGGGGACCCCUCGUUGCCGUCGCCCCGGGAGCGGCGAGCGGCGCACCUGAACAUCUACAAGAACAGCAGAUGCCGGAUGGAAACCUGCUUUGACUUCUCCAGGUGUGAGAAGCACGGCUUCAAAGUCUUCACCUACCCCCGGGAGAGUGACCAGCCCCUCUCAGAGAGUUACAGCAAAAUCCUCACCUCCAUCGAGCGCUCUCGCUACUACACCCCGAACCCCGAGGAAGCUUGCCUCUUCAUCCUCAGCAUCGACACGUUGGACCGCGACCAUCUCUCAAGUCAAUACGUCCGUAACGUCGAUGAGAAAAUCCGCGGCUUCCCUCUCUGGAACGGUGGCCGUAACCACCUCAUCUUCAACCUCUACUCGGGCACUUGGCCCAAUUACACCGAGGACCUGGGCUUUGACAUCGGCCAGGCCAUCCUGGCCAAAGCCAGCUUCUACACCGAGACCUUCCGGCCCGGCUUUGACAUCUCCAUCCCUCUUUUCUCCAAGGACCACCCACAGCGCGGUGGAGAGAAGGGGUGGUUGUAUCAGGACUCGAUCCCCCCGAAAAAGAAAUAUUUGUUGGUGUUCAAGGGGAAGCGGUACCUGACCGGCAUCGGCUCCGGCACCCGGAACGCGCUGCACCACAUCCACAACGGGAAGGACAUCAUCUCGCUCACCACCUGCAAGCACGGCAAGGACUGGGAGAAGCACAAGGACACGCGCUGCGACAAGGAUAACGUCAACUACGAAAAGUGA